CUGGGGCGGCGGAAGAGGGCAGAACUCCGAAACACUCACUACACCCACGUCGGGUAGCUCGUCGCCAAGGUGGUACUCUACUCUAGCUGUGUUCCGCCAUCCGGAGGCCUACACGUAAGGUCCAUGUCGUGCAAUUGGACUAGAGACGCACUCGUCUCCCACGCAAUUCUGUCGUGCAGAUGUACGGUUACUUCGUACUUUUGACAGAUGCCUCGUCCGUCGUCCAUCGUCCAUCUGCAUUUAUGGUCGACGUUUCUCUCCAACCAUGAAUGCAUGCUCGUAUCUACUUCCCUAAGUAACAUCGAGCGCAUACAACCAAGACAACAAGGCCGACUGUGGGCUGCAAUCCUCAGGGGACCAAAAAAUUUCUGGUGCCACUACUGCACAUACACGCGUUCUACGGUUAGCGUCAAGUAUGCAAGCCACGAGAGUACAACAAGGGAUGGGCUACAGCUUGGAACGGCCAGCCAUUGGUCGCACACGCUAGCAUACACUUUUAUCUGGCUCCUCUGCUGGAUAAUCGCAUUCCGCCGCCGUUUCGUGCUUCGCAGGCAUGCCCAUGCUCUGUCUCCAUGCUGCAUCUCAAAUCCAGCGUAUCGUGCAUGUUUUGGUGCUUUGAUGCAGGUCCAUGACGUCACCGGCAAGGCAUCGACAACGCAUUGUCUGCACCGGGCAGAUCAGAGUCCCUCUCAUGCCCCAUAAUCCGUAGCGGUGCAUUUAUCCAUGGAUUCCUUGUCUUAUACCGACCCGGCGUUAGCAGACGUUAACUCGUUCUGACUCGAUCUC